GUAACGACGCAUCCUGCGCUCCAACCAUAGAGCGGCUAGUCCGCUCUAGCCUUCCUACUGUUGCGCUCUCUGGUAUGCUGGGAGGCUUGGCGGGGAGGGCUUCAGCGCUUGCCGAGACGGAUUCCUUUUGGAUACCAUGGCGCCUCCGAAAGGUGAGUGAGAGGCAGCCCGCCGCCGCCGCCGGUUUCCCCGUUAUGCGUAAAUGGAACAGUCCGUUCUACUGAGGCAAAUAGCCAGGCGUCGUCCAGUUACUUGGAAGGCGGGGGGGGGGGGAGGAGGUUGUGAAGCGGGGGGGCGGGGAGAGGGGAGUUUGGAGACCUUCUGCCUUGAUAACGCGAGCGCGGAGGUGGCUGGCACCGGGGACCCCGGGGGCAACAAAACCGGCCCGGCUGCCUGGCAGCUCUGCUGGGAAGCGGCUGUCGCUCAGCGUCUCUCUCCGCUCUUGUGUCAAGCAGGCGAAAUAGUAUAAGGGUUCCUCGGUGGAAGAUAAUGCUUCCUCCCCUUCCUGCCCUUCUUUAAAGACAUGACAUGUCGGGGUCUCGCUAGGAUUUGGGGAGGGGGGUGAACCCAAAAUGUUAAUUAUAACGAGUUUCCGCUCCCCAUUCCCUCUCCUUCAGGUUGCUUAGGCGAAAGAAUAGUCCCCCUCGAACCUGCCUUCGAGCAUGCAAAUAUUGCUGACUUUGUCUGUGAACAAAGACUUGGAAACCUUUAAGCAGCCGCGUCUGGCAUCAUCCUCUCCUGCAAACGGUGUACGAUGAUGCUCUUGUGUCACUCACUUGGCAACGUAUUGUAAUGGCUGUUCUUGUGCAAUGACCCUGGUCCAGAAGGCAAGCUCUUCCUCUGGAUCCAUGUGUACAGUGGUACCUCGGGUUACAUACGCUUCAGGUUACAUACGCUUCAGGUUACAGACACUGCUAACCCAGAAAUAGUGCUUCAGGUUAAGAACUUUGCUUCAGGAUGAGAACAAAAAUCUUGCUCUGGUGGCGCGGCAGCAGCAGGAGGCCCCAUUAGCUUCAGGUUAAGAACAGUUUCAGGUUAAGAACUGACCUCCAGAACGAAUUAAGUACUUAACCCGAGGUACCACUGUAUUUAUUAAUCGGUCUGAAAUGCUAGGACAGACGUUUUCACAUUAGAAAAUAAAUGCAUCUAGGGAUACAUGAAAUUGUAAUGGAAGAAGUGGCUUGCCUAUCGUGGUGUUAGAGACAUGCUUUCUCCCGUUUCUGAAAAAUUGGGCCGAAUAGACUUAUUGAUGCACAGCACAUUUUUGUGUGUAUUGUCAUAAGGCUGUUAAAUGAUCUCUGUUGGAUCAGGCCAAUGGACCAUCUAGUCCAACAUCUUGUUCUCACAGAGGCCAACCAGAUGCCUAUGGAAAGCCUGCAGGUAGGACCCGAGGGCAACAGCACUCUUCUCACAAUUCCCAGUAUGAUAUUCAGAGGAAUAGUGCCUUCUACAGUGGAGGUACAAUAGCUAAUAGCCAUUGAUGGGUUUGUCCUCCAUGAAUUUGCCUGUUCUUUUUUUAAAAAAGCAAUCUGAGAUGGUGACCAUUGGGUUACAGACGCUUCAGGUUACAGACUCCGCUAACCCGGAAAUAGUACCUCGGGUUAAGAACUUUGCUUCAGGAUGAGAACAGAAAUCGUGCUCUGGCGGCACGGCAGCAAUGGGAGGCCCCAUUAGCGAAAGUGGUACCUCAGGUUAAGAACAGUUUCUGGUUAAGAAUGGACCUCCCGAAUGAAUUAAGUUCUUAACCUGAGGUACCACUGUAUAUGUGCUGCCUGAAGAAGUACUUUCUUUUGUCUGCCCCGAAGCUUCCAAUAUUCAGCUUCCUUGAAUGGCCCUGGGUUUCUUGGAUGAGAGAGGAAUCUGCUUUCCCUACACAGUGAUAAUUGCAUCUUUUGCAGAUAAUUCUGCUGUUUGCAUUUAGCUUGAUAUACACCCAAAUUAGGCUGAAGGAAAUAGAGUUAUAUCUCUACCAGGGUGUACUCAGUUUAAAUUAUUGCAACAGUGCAUCUAUAAUUGUACCUUGCAGGGAUGUUUACACAGUGAAGGUGAUAGUAUGAGUAACAGGAUUUAGUAAUUCCCAGCCAUAUCAUAAUGUGGUGUAAUGAUUCAGGCAUUCACUGUUGAGUUAAUAAAGAAAUAGAAGUUUAUACAGAUAAAGAUAAAUUGUUUAAUCAACAGUCUGAUUCAACUGUAACUGUGUUAUUUUUGGUGGCCAGAGACUAGAUAAUGGCUGCCUCUCCUAUGAAGUAUCUGAAGUUCCUUGAUUAGUAGCUUCUUAUUUGCUGAUCCUAAAAUCAGCAUGUGGAAAUAAUUUCAUUUAUUUCUGUUGGCCUUUGGUUUCAAGUAGAGUUAUAGGUGCCAGAUGAGGUACCAUUUUGAAAAUAGCCUACAUUUAUCUAGACCAGAGCUUUCCAAACUGUGUGUCGUGAUAUGUUAGUGUGUCAGCUGCAGUGUGUCAGUGUGUCACACAAACACUCCCCACCCUCCUCUCAGGGCUGGAAAGGGGUCAAUUUAACCUCCAGUUUGCUAAUAAAACUGAAUUACUGUGUCACAAAAUGAUGCAUAUCUAAAAAGUGUGCCACUAACAUGAAAAGUUUGGAAACCUCUGAUCUAGACAGCCGAGAGUAGGAUAAGGCACUCUCCUGCACCAGUUUGAAGGGCCUUUGAGCCUUGGCCCCACAUUAGCCCUUCUGACAAGGGAUGAGCAGGACUAUUUUGGCAUGCUAAUCAAUGAAUCAAUCGGUUAAUGCUUAUCAAUUAAUUAAUUAAAUGUAUAUCCUUCCCUCCCAAAGGAGCCCAGGGCAAACACACUAGUGAUAAACCAAUACAGUUAAAAAUAAAACAAAACAUGUUUAAAACAUCCCUAACCAAUUCAAAACAUCUGAAAGCAGUAACUUACUCUCACAGCUAAUAAUUUCAGAGUUGCCACGAUCAGUAUCUUUUGGCCAUCAAAUGCCUUGGUAAACAGGAACAUUUUAAAGUUCCUCCUGAUUGUGAAGGAGAUAGAUGUGCCUCACCAGGGAGGGUGUUCCACAAAUGGGGAAACCACCACCAAGAAGGCCCUAUCAUAAGUCAGUGCCAACAAGGCAUCCCCUAGUGGGGGCACCACCAACAAAGUCACCUGCAGGUUUUAGGGUGCAAAUCCUUCCAAUGGUUAACCGUAAUGUUUCUGCAGCAGGCCUGCCAUAGCUUUUUGAAUAUAGAAUGUUCCUGUUUUAAAAGCUGUUUUCUAAGGACCAAACAGCAAACAUAACUUCACUGUAGUUGUCAAGGUGGUUCACGUCUCAUGUCCAAUAGAGUGAUGCUUUUGUUUUUCAGAAAAUGUCAGCUUGCUUUUUAAGUUGUACUGCUUGACGGUGAUGACCUUGGUGGCUGCAACGUAUACAGUAGCUUUGCGGUACACGAGAACAACAGAAACAGUUUUAUACUUUUCAACUACAGCUGUCUGUAUUACAGAAGUUAUCAAGCUAUUCCUAAGUUUGGGCAUUUUAGCAAAGUAAGUAUAAAUGUCGAUGAGUAAAUUGGAGUGGCGUAUUUGCUCUUUUUUCUGAUUCUUUUAUUUUACUUGUUUUGUUUCUUGCUAUGCUUCAUGUGGACUGUGUUAGGCUUCUGUGAGCAGGUGGUAUCAGAGGAGUCCUUCUCGAAAAGAUUGGUUUUGCAACAAGUGAAAACAUGCACAUUUUAGUUUCCUAAUCUCUCUUAUGAAUAGGCGUCACUGCCUUGAGUUCAUUGCUUUGGAUAAGGUUCAGAAGUCUGUGUAAAUUAAGUAUGGAUGCUUGGCUGGCAGGUUUCUGGGUUGGUGUAGGCAGGAGACUUCAGAGUCAUUCAAGAAGAACUUGUAUUCUCACUAAGGCGGCAUUUAAGGAUUAGAAGCAAUCCUCUGAACCAUGUUGACCUGUCCUCCCUCAAAUAUGCCUAUGAUGUUCUAGAAGGAUUCUCAAUCAGAGGGCACUUAUGAUUUCUUUUAGCCUACACAGAAACUAUUCAAAUGGCUUCUCCCCCAUGCUGGUAACAUAUGAAUAAUUGACUUUUUUUGGUCUUUUAAUGGGACCCCAGGGCUGCUGCCUCAUCUUGUGUGAUGGUAGAGCUGGCCUUGAGCCUCAUGGUGGGAUGCUUGGGCACUUUCAGUAAUAGUCACUGUUCUUGCUGCAUCUUGUAACAUGGUACAGUGGUGCAGCCUUGGCUAGGAAUUUCUCUAGCCUCUCUGUCUCUCAGAACCUCAAUAUUUCCCCAAAUCUGUGAGUUUAUAAAGGUUGUUUAUGAAACUCUAGCUUAUUCAGUAACAUGCUCUGCAGCAAGGGGCCCUCCAGCUCCCAUAAUCCCUGGCCAUUGGUCAUUCUGGCAGAGGCUGAUGGAAGUUGUAGUCCAGCAACAGCUGGAAGGUCACAGGUUACCCACUGCUAACUUAAAUCACGGUUAAGUGUAGACUCCAAAUUGCAAUGUAGAACUUCUGUCCUGAAGUGGGUUUGCUAAUCUUGGUCUCAUUCUGUCAGGGUGGGUGGGGCCACCCACCUGUCAAUUACCUGAUGUCACAAUGAUGGUGCUUUAAAGUGCCCGAGGCUUUGGCUUUACCACCCAUCAGCUUUUUGCAGGCAUUGGGUGUGUGGGUGAAUUGCCCGCAGGGAGCUCAGUAAAGCACAGCCUUAUCCAACAAGUGAAGAGCGGUAGAGUCAAAAUCUGAUUUUUCUUUUGCCAAUGCACAAUUGGGAAUGCAUGUUAAGGCUCCCAAAUAUGAAUUGGCAGCUGUGCCUCUAUCUGCCCCACACCUGACAACGCAGGUCAUGUCAGGUAUGAGGCAAGCAGGUGAGUGUGGUUUUGGGGAAAACUGCCUCUAAGGCCAAAAUUGAAUCCUUGGGGGGCAAAGUUUGGCCAAUGGGGUAGAAGUUGUCCACCCCAGAAUCUGGGACAGAACCUGGGAGAGAGUUUAGUUCUGCAGGCUGAUAUAACCUCUGGUUUGUGCUAACCUUGGUUGAACUUUUUGUCUGCAUUCAGCAUUUGUCUUUUUGAAUAAAAAUCAGUUUGCCUUUUUGAAUAAGCCAGCAGUCAGUCAGACUUAAUCUCUUCUCCUGCAGUUGUCUUUGCCGCCCUCACCUCUACUUUCCAAGAGAUGUAAUCUAAUAUGCAUAAAUGUUUUAUUCGCCGUCUCUUGCAGUUGUGUCCCACUCGCUUCCUUUGUAAAGUGAGCUGAGAAGCACACGUUAGAACGAUGGGGGCUGAUAUGAGGGAGUGUUUAAUCCCGGGUGUUCUCUGUGUUCAGAGUGAAGCAAUCUUCUCCUUAACACUGCUAGAUCCCAGAAUUGAGUCUCAAGGGGCAAAAAGUAGGUCACCAGUUAUGAGUGUCUUUUCUGAGGCCUGGUUUCAGCUGCAUAAUCACUUUAGUCACCCUAUAAUUAUGAAGGCCAUAUAAAAAAAAUGACAUUUCAUGCUGUGCUGACUCCAAAUGCAUAAUUACUAUCCUAUCAAAUUCAGAAAUGACAUGAAUUCUUGAAAUUGGGUCCCAGGAAAGCCCAACUUCCCUGGCAGGUAUAGUUUAAACAAGCAAGUCACAAGCAAUGGCUUGGACUUUUAAAAUAUAGAGAUAGCACUGACACGAAGAGGCUGUCCUCAUUUUAGUCACAGGAGGUAGAUUUAAGGGGAAACGGCUUUCUUGCUGUUUCAUAAUAUUUGGUGACAUGUCAUACUGUACUGGAUUUUGUGAGAUUGUGUAUUUUGCAAUUUUCCUGUACAUAAGUGUAUGUACAAUGCCCAUGUACAGGCUCUGUUACUUUUGUUCUCCCAGAUCUGGUUCUCAUACGGGGUAAUUUCACAUGCACAGGAGUAAAGACAGUGUUCCUCUGCCUCCCCACAACCUUUUUUUUUUUUUUUUGCCUACACUACGAAAUCACGGAGGCGGAUAAAAUGCAUGUGCGAAGCUGUUCCUUUUUGAAGCAGGAACAGGUGGCAUCUCAGGUGGCUAAAAUUAGGCCAUCUAAGUGGUGUACUGUAUAAGAUAAAAAUCCUGAGAUUCACCUAAUGUAGAGUUGCCAUAUGUCCGGAAUUGCCCGGACAGAGCCAGUAUUUGGGUCUCAUAAACAGUGUCUAGGCGGAAAUCACUUAAAUGUCUGGGAAAAUCCAGACGUAAGGCAGCCUAUGUCAGAAGUAUAGAUUUUGGCAAAUUUCAUUUAUAAUAAUUAAAAUAAAUUUCAUUUUUAUGAAAAGCUCAAUAACUUUGCCUAAAAAAGCUCACUUUUUGAAAUAUGGCAACCCUACCUGAUGAUCCCCAGCAGAGGACAGCUGCACAGCUUCUGCUGUUUUUAUGGUGCCUUGAAAUGGUAUGUAAAGGGUGAUACGUAAAUUUAAUUAAUUAAGUACUUUAAAAAUCUGCCUUACUGCAACAUUUAGAGGAAGUUUUAAAACCAACCAACCCAACCGAAUGUUGUCUUCAUUUCAGCACUGCCAACUGGAAUGUCUGGUUUGCAUUCUGUCACCGUCACGGCGGUUACAGUCUUUGUUUGCCCUGCGGAAGGAGGAAGAAUGUGGAUCUUAAGCUUUCCAGGAGACGCAGCACGAUUCUCCUUCCUCUAGUUGGCUUCUGCUUUUCUCUUUUUUUGGAGGGCCUCAAGAUUGAUACAGGAUAGGAAGCGGGUGUUGUUGACUAGCUCAUCCUGGCAGCUGAGAGGUUGUGGGGCUAGGCCUCUGUUGGGCUAUUUCUGGAUUGUUCUUGUUCUGCUGUACUAUUGUCAAGCAGCUACAGUCAUAUUUGUGCUCAGAGCUUCUUCUUCUUUAAAUGUUUUCCAGAGAGACUGGAAGCCCGGGUAGACUAUUGACAUCUUUAAAAGAAAAUGUCUUGGGCAGCCCUAAAGAGCUACUCAAAUUAAGUGUUCCAUCUCUCGUCUACGCCAUCCAGAACAACAUGGCCUUCCUGGCUCUUAGCAAUUUGGAUGCAGCUGUUUACCAGGUAAUGGUUGAUGUUUGGAAGCUAGAUGCAGACUCCCUAACCUUACCAGGCCACAUUGGUCCUGCUUUGUAGCCACUGUGAGUGUUCUUGCCUGCUUAGAAUGAGCCCUGGAACUCUGACCACUCUUUGUGCUUGUCUGGGAGAGAGAGAUUUUAAUGUGCCUGAAAUUAACAUUCCAUCAAUCAAUCUUUAUUGUGGUCAUAGUCCAGGCAAUAGAAAGAAAUUAACAUUAGUUUCUAUGCCCACUGGCAUGUGGCCCCUGAAGCAUUGUCCAGAGGGGGCUGUGGCCCUCAGGCUGGCAAAUGUUCCCCAUCCCUGAGCUAUGAUGGAUGAGCUCAUCGAGCAACAUGUUGAGCGUGUGAAACAGCUAUCACAAACAGAACACCCGAAACAGAACUUCUGCAUUGUCUGAUAGGAAUUCAGACACAGUAUCUUUUCGUGGAAAAUGGUUCACACUUUCAGCUGCAAGUCACGGAAGGGAAAAGUCAUCCUGUGCGUGUAACUCUUUCCUGAGAGGAAGGGGAUUGUUCACCAAGGAAGAUCCUGCCAUGAGCAUAACAUCCUUUACAUGAACCAAGUAAUGAUGUUGGAUGCAAACCAAUAUGCUUAGAACAUGGGCGAUACAUUAGUAUAAUAAAAUCAUAGAAUCGUAGAGUUGGAAGGGACCACGAAGGUCAUCUAGUCCACCACCCUCUACAAUGCAGGAAUCUCAACUAAAGAUUCCAAUCUCUGCUUAGAAACCUCAAAGGAAGGAGAGUCCACAACCUUUUAUUGUCAGAAAGUUCUUCCUGAUCUUUCAUUUAUUACAUUGUUGUUAUAAUGGUUGUGUUAUAUUGUUGUUAUUAAAUAAAGCAGGUUAGAUAUUAAACAGAUUGUCUUUCUGCCUUUUCCCUAAUAGCUAAAUGAAACAUGCCCUUUCUUUCCGGCUUCUUAGGUGACCUAUCAGUUGAAGAUCCCAUGUACCGCUUUAUGUACAGUCUUGAUGCUGAACCGCUCUCUCAGCAAACUACAGUGGUUCUCAGUCUUUAUGUUGUGUGGUGGAGUCACGCUUGUUCAGUGGAAGCCAGCUCAAGCCACAAAAGUCCAGGUAAAGUUGAUCACUGGGAGCCUUUCUCCAUACCUGCUUUAUGAAAUAAGUUUCUCGUGCAUCAAGUUGCAUAAUCUUACCCUAAGGGCAUUGUGGAAGAGUAUACUGCAGGGGUGGAGUAAUUGCAGCCCCCCCUGAUGUUUCUCUGGGGCAGCUUCCAUCUUAAUCAGGAUGUCCUUUCCACACUGUAGGAAUUGGGCCUUCUGUGUGUUGGCAUCUGCCUUUCGGAAGCCCCUCCCUUUGAAUAUGAGGCACUGUCUCUGUUGCCUUUUUGGUGCCUACUGAAGGCCUUCAACAAGUUGAGACCUUUCCCAGUCCGCAUCUGUAUUGGAACCAUUUUAAACAGAUUUUGUUUUUUCGCUGUUUUAGCACUUGUUUGCCACCUUACGGUCCUCUGGGAGAAAGGGUAGUAUAUAAAUAUAAGUAAGUGAAUGAACGAAUGUCCUCAUUGCAUUUCAAGAAUUAGCUAAGCUGUGGUACCCUGCAGCAGCUGGUUGAAUAAGCAGGAGAGGAAAGGAAGGAGAAGCUCUGUUGAGUGAUGACUUCCUGUGUUACAUUGGCUCUCACCCUCUUUUCCCCAGAGACAAUUGAGCAGCCUGGGAGUCAAAUUUUGUAGUGCUGCUUGCAUAGCACUGGCAGAUGUUGCCAGAUGGCCUAAGUCAUCUUUUGUUGUUGCAAUAAAUAACAAUCUGGCUUGGCUUCCAAAAGUGACUGCAGCUAUAAAUAAACUUCCUAUGUUUUUAUUUGUUCUUUAGAUGGAGCAGAGCCCAUUGAUAGGCUUCGGUGCGAUAGCCAUUGCUGUUUUAUGUUCAGGAUUUGCAGGUAAAACCUUGUAGUUAAAGUUAUCUUCAAGUAGCAGGCAUUUAUCUGUGACUGUGGCUAGUCCGACAGUGAAGGCCCCCUCUUACUUUACCUUGCCAGCUCAGAAAACACCAUAGCACAGCUCCUUCCCAUCCUUCUCAGGUAACAUGGGAGAAGCUCUGGGUCACAUCCACAGCAUACAUUUAAAGCACUCUUAUACCACUUUUGGGAUGCGGGUGGCGCUGUGGUGUAAACCACUGAGCCUUGGGCUUGACGAUCGGAAGGUCGGCAGUUUGAAUCCCCGUGACAGGGUGAGCUCCUGUUGUUUAGUCCCAGCUCCUGCCAACCUAGCAGUUUGAAAGCACGUCAAAGUGCAAGUAGAUAAAUAGGUACCGCUCUGGCGGGAAGGUAAACAGUGUUUCCGUGCGCUGCUCUGGUUUCGCCAGAAGCGGGUUAGUCAUGCUGGCCACAUGACCCAGAAAAACUGUCUGUGGACAAUCGCUGGCUCCCUUGGCCAGUAAAGCGAGAUGAGCACCACAACCCCAGAGUCGUUUGUGACUGGACUUAACUGUCAGGGGUCCUUUACCUUUUUAUACCACUUUAGCGGCCAUUGCUUCCCCCAAAGAAUCCUGAGGACUGUAAGAUGUUUGUUGUGCAGCUACAAUUCCCAGCGCCCUGAACAAACCCAGUGCCCAGGAGCCUUUGAGGGAAACCAAAACUGUUAAGAGUGGUGUAAGAGUGCUUUAAGUGUACAGUGGUACCUUGGGUUACAUACGCUUCAGGUUACAGACUUCGCCAACCCAGAAGUAGUACCUCGGGUUAAGAACUUUGCUUCAGGAUGAGAACAGAAAUUGUGCUGUGGCGGCAGCAGGUGGCCCCAUUAGCUAAAGUGGUGCUUCAGGUUAAGAACACUUUCAGGUUAAGAACGGACCUCCGGAACGAGGUACCACUGUACAUUGUAGAUGUGACCUAUGUCGUAAGCUCAGGUCUGCCCAACCUAGGUCUCUUUUGUAAGACAACAACUAUCAUCUCUGAGCAUCAGCUCUACCUGUUAGGGCUAAUGGGACUCAGGUGACACCUGUUGGAGGGCAUCAAGUUGGGGAGGGCUGCUGUAGCUGUUCCCCACCUCAGCAUCACCUCCCCCACAAACUUGUACGGUGGGAAGGUGGUGCAAGUUGACCCUGGGUUUCUUAUCUCUGUGGUGUAAAUUCCCUAAAUCAAAAUGUAAUGUAUGGCGGGAGCUGUACAUUGUUUCAUCUCUCGCUUCCCUUCCCUUCCCUUCCCUUUCAGGGGUAUAUUUUGAGAAAGUGCUAAAGAGUUCGGAUACAUCUUUAUGGGUCAGGAACAUUCAGCUGUACCUCUCUGGGAUUGUAGUGACCUUGGUUGGUGUCUACAUGUCUGAUGGAGUUAAUGUAAUGGAAAAGGGCUUCUUUUAUGGCUAUACCCGUUAUGUCUGGUUUGUCAUCUGUAAGUAUCUGAUUGCCUUUUAUCUUCAGUUCUACUUUUUUCUUCUUCAAGCUGGGGCCAGAGGUGUAGGAGAUCAGCUUGGGGAACAUAUGGGGCAGAGACAUCACUGAGCAGCAAAUUAAAUUCACUGUGGUCUACCGUCCUGCAGGAAAUAAUUCGGAAGCAUGCAGUUUCCAGGGGAGUCUGAAUAUUGGCAAGAAUUUAAGAAUCAUGGGGUGACUAUCAGCUAGACUGCCUGAAAGGGAUUAGGGAUACAGGAAGACACAGGCCUUAUUUCCUGGGUUACACAGAAAUAAGUAUUCAAAGUUAAGACUAACUGCUGUGCUGGCUUUCCAAAGGGACUUUGGGUAGCAUAAGAAAUGCAGGUAGGGCAGGUUAGUCACACUGGUUCCAUUCAGAGAAUAAGCCAAGAUGUAAACCAGCCUUUUUCCUUGAUAUGCAGACCCCUUACCUGUCCAGAAAUCAAACCAGGACAUUGCUAACCAUCAUUUCCUAUUUUGUCUGAAGUCCAAAACUUGUUACAAGCUUUGGAACAAGCCAGGAUCCUAAACCAACUCCAAACCAUGGUUCUGAAGCACUGUUUCCCAGUUUGGACAUGGGGAACUAUGAUUAAUUGGACACUUCCUGGUUUGAUUGGCUGUGCCAUGUACAAGUGUCAGUGUGUAUAGGAAAAAGUCUUGUUUGGAUCUUACUGUAGACUUUGAUCUCGCCCAUCCUUGCUUCCUGCUGUCGUAUGUUGCUGAAUCGGCUGUUUAUGUUCCCAUAUUGAACAGACGGGAAUUAAAAGUUCUCUUAACGGCCUGUACUCGAGACUAGCACCAGCAAAUAUGGGCUCUAGAUGUGCUGUGUUGAAUCUUGCUGGGUGAUGUCCAAGGAUAGCCAUACUCAAGAGCAGACCCAUUUAAAUCCAUUCACUUAGUUACUUAGGUAUUGCCCCAUGACAUUUAGGUCAAUCUAGUAGGGAUGUAAACAGCAUUGCUGGCGCAAGCUAAUAGGUAUAGACUAAUACCAGGUUUGGUGUACCCUGGGACAAGGGUAUGCCAUGCUGGAACACAAAUUUAAUCCCCUAAUGAGGUUGUGAUACAUGUCCCAAAUGGACAGUAUCUUCCAACCUUCAAAAGUUUUGCUAUAAAAGGUAUUUUUUCUUCUUCGUUUCUUUGAACCCAUAUGGUAAAUAAGAAAAAGAUUCCAGACACUUCAUUAACAGGGAUAUAUCCUUUUGCUGUCUAGUCCUUUCCAGCGUUGGAGGUCUCUACACUUCAGUUGUUGUUAAGUACACCGACAACAUUAUGAAAGGUUUUUCUGCAGCUGCUGCCAUCGUUCUCUCUACCGUUGCCUCGGUCCUCCUCUUUGGCUUACAGAUAAGUACGUUUCUUUUGGCCAUAGUCCACAAUCUUAGGUGACGCUCUUUUGGUGCGGGCUUGAAUAACUGUUGUCAGCUAAUUGUAUUAUUGUAUAAUAUUAUUAUCUGAUGUUGUCGGCCCACAAACAAAUUAGCAAGGGUUAACAUUUCAAAGCUGGCAGCAUCUACUAUUAUUAUCUUCAGCGCGCCCGAGGCUUCGGAAUGCAGGCAGCUCUGCGCAACCUUUGGGAGCCCGGCUCCCGAGGGUUGCGCAGAGCUGCGUGGAGCCCGGGAGGGCAGGCAGCUCUGCGCAACCCUCCAAAGCCCAGCGCGGCUUGGCGCAGGGCUCCCGAGGGUUGAGCAGAGCUUCCUGAAGCCUGGAGAGCGAGAGGGGUCGGUGCGCACCGACCCCUCUUGCUCUCCAGGCUUGAGCGAAAGCCUGUAUUCGCCCCAUAGGACGCACACACAUUUCCCCUUCAUUUUUGGAGGGGGAAAAGUGCAUCCUAUAGGGCGAAAAAUACGGUAAAUAUGAAGUACACAGCAAUCUGAUAACGAGUUUCAUAUUAAAAAAAGUAUUCUAGAGUUUCUGUUUGGAUCAGUGUGCUUUAAACCAUGUGCUUUGUUUUUCCCUUUAGCCAUCACCUUCUCUCUCGGUGCCCUCCUUGUAUGCAUCUCAAUAUACCUGUAUGGACUGCCUCGACAAGACACCACAAAAAUCCAGCCAGCAGAAGCAAAAGGGUCAAAAGAAAAUCUUAUUAGUGUGUGAUGUUUUGCAUCAUGAAGAAUAGAAAGAGACAAUCUAAAGACUUGACAUGAGUGUUUGUUCCCUUUUUUUCUUUUUUUUUAAAAAAGCCUUAAACUGGUAAUGCAAGAUUGUUUGAACUAAAAGUGAAGUAACUCAUUAGUGAAAUGAAGGAUUACACUGGAGCAUGGAAACUUCGCUAAAUUGUGAAGCACUGCUUUUCGUGUAAAGUUGAUCUAUUUGUGUUGGACUAUGAAGAGUCUGUUCACCAAGAAGAAUGAAGAAAUUGAAUGUGCAGUUUUUAAAUAUAUAUAUAUAUUGUAUAUAAAAUAAAGGGGAAUGCCAUUGGAAUUCACUUUGAUGAAACAUGUAUAAUAGGGAUACUCUUCACAUGUUCUUGUAAGGAAAGGUGCUACUACAUUUACUAACUAAAUUGUUGAUUCAGUCUUAAAAUAUCUCAAUCAGAUGCUCGAACACACAGUACAACACAUUUCCUAGUACAGUGGUACCUCGGGUUACAUACGUUUCAGGUUACAGACUCCGCUAACCCAGAAGUAGUGCUUCAGGUUAAGAACUUUGCUUCAGGAUGAGAACAGAAAUCGUGCUCCGGCGGCGCAGCGGCAGCAUCAGGAGGCCCCAUUAGCUAAAGUGGUGCUUCAGGUUAAGAAUGGACCCCUGGAACGAAUUAAGUACUUAACCCAAGGUAUCACUGUAUCUGCUUGUGCCUCGGCUUUCAUACUGUUGGUUGCUAGCUGUCGUAGCCAAUAUGAAACCAAGAUGAUUGUUGUGAGGGGAAGUGGGGUGUGUGGGAACUGUCAUCUGAUUGUUGAAGUGAACAUAGGUGUAGCUGAAAUGGAUUCUAUGUCUUUUAAGCUUUUGAUCUGCUGAAUCCACUCUGCGAAAGCAGGAAGAAAAAAAAUGAAGCUGCUGCUCGUAAGAGGAUUUUUUUCUAUUGUGAUUGGGUUUUUUAACACCAUUUUGUAUAAUAUUUAUGCUUUUCUUGCACAUCUAAUAUUCUGAAAGUGCUAAAUAAUUUUUUGUGCAAGUUAGGUAGGUCAGAGGCCAUUUGGGUUUGAGCCCUUUGUUCUUGCAUCAAAUAAAACUUAAUGGGGGUGGGACAGUAUUUAAUGCUACUCAGAUGUAGUUUUUCAUUUUUGUCAGCUUAAUCCAACACUGAAAUUAAUGAAGGACAAGUGUUUUGAUUUAGCUUUUCUGCAGCUUUGUAAAGAUGUAAAGUUGAUAAUUAAACAAUUAGGAGUGUGUAAGCUUCUCAAGUGGAGAAACUAAGACUGGAAAGGAGGUCCUAAAUUCUAGAUAUGGCAGUCUACUCUAAGGGGUUAGAAUCUUGAUUUUUACCUUGACAUUCAUACAGCAAACUUAUGUUCCUUGGGUUAUGCUAUAAAUCCUUUUUGUUCUACACCAUUAGUCUUAACACGGUAGUUCUUGUCCAGUUAUGCAAGAUGGAUUGUACAGGGACAUGAGGGCUGCUCCUAGACCUUCUCUGUGGCAGACUGCCCAACUCUGCUCUGCUUGAAUCAAUGUCCUAUCAGCGGCUAGGCACUUACUUCAUUUCUUGGCUCUGUUGGGCACUUAAAACAAAAAAGAUGGAAAGGUCUUUAGAUUUUAAGACUGCUUUAUUGUGCACAGUGCACUGAACUUGCUGUAGCUGCAUUUGCAUUGCUGUGGGGUUUUUGUUUUGUUUGUUUGCAUUUUACUGCGACAUUUGUUUUACAAGGGCAGCAACCUCCUCCCCACGACAUAUUUUGAAGAAAGGGGUGAGACUGAAAGGACUAGCUCCUCUCAUAAGAGUAAUACAGACAAAAUAUAAUGCAAAAGGGAAUGGGAUCUGUUCUUCAGUGGCAAAUGCGGUGUGUGUCCAAUGAUCUCGUCUUUAGGUACUGCCAGACUACAACUCCUUUAAUCUCUGAUCCAUUGUCUGGGAUUGAUGGGAGUCCAAAGACAUCUUAAAAGUCCACACGUUUCCCACCUCUGGUCCAGGCAAUAUAGAGAAGCAAGGACAGAGUAACAGCUAGUCUUCAGCACUCGUAUAGUUUAGAAUACGCAGUGAAGGAGACCUUCGCUUUACAUUUUAUUGACAGGUGUGAUUCCUAGAAGCUUCAUUCCAUUAGCCAGGACGGAGCGAACAGCCUGGAACAAACAGAGCCUUGCCUGGAAAAAUAAAAGGUGGGGAAGAGGAGGACACUAAUCAAUUGCUCCCUUAAACAGAACUAAUUCAGUAAAUCUUGAAUGUUUUGUGCAUGCUCAACCAUAGCAGAAUUACAAACUACUAAAGAAUAACAACAAAUGUUAAGAUGCCCACUUUGCACCAACAGCCGUUUCUUCCAGAAUUUAAUCCUAGUAAUGCAGAAAGUCUGCUAUUAUCUGUUUCACAGACACAUGCCUAUAUUUGUAUCCUUGUUCCCCAUGCAUAAUGAGAAGUAGGUUGAAUGCUAUUUCAGCUGAACAUUACCUACCUCUCUGCAGUGAAUGUAUUUUUAGGGCAGAAAAUACACUACGAACCGUAUGAUGUGAAGUACAUAUGCAUGCACACACCCUGACUAUGGAAAUGCUGCAUGGAAGACAUGCUCAUGCAUAGUGAUGAAGUCUUAAUCUAAAAUUACAAUACAUGAAGUGGUCUUAAUACACCUAGCUCAGCCUUCCCCAAGCUGGUGCCUUGCAGGUGUUUUGGACUAUCGCUUCUAUGCACCCCAGCCAGUACAGAAGGCUAAUCUAGCCACUGAUACACGGUCUAUGGCACCAGGAAGAAAAAUGUGAAAAUACUUGUUUCAGACAAUUGCCUCUUGAUGAAAUACAAGGAUAUCCUACAUCCUGCCUCGCCUACAUCAGUAAAUAUACCAAAGGCAAUGUGCUUUUAUGUUUCACAAAUAAAGGUGGACAGAAGGCUCUGGUGGGUGCUGUCAAGUUGAAGACAGAUGAAGGGAAGAAUUGACCACAUACAUUGGAGCAGUUUCUUUUCAGCACAGUUGCAAGAAAUCUACCUGGUAGGUUAAAUCUGUUUGUCAUUAAUUUGCCCUGAGUAACAGUGCAAACCCUAUUAUGUGUCCACUCACGUCUUUUGAGUACAAUGGGACGUACUGCCAGCAGUCGUGUGUAGUACUGCGGCCUAAACAGAUUUAUUUAGACUGCAACCUUAUUUGGGAGUAAGUCCUACUGAGCUCACUGAAGCUUCUGAGUAGGUAUAUAAGGUUGCGCUGUUAAGCCUGCAGCUGUAUUUUUAGUUGAUUAAGCAGCCGGAGCUUAUUUUAAAAUCGGGUAAACUCAAACAUUAGUGCCACACGUUUUUUGUCUUAACGCCAUUUUGAUUUGGUGCACUACUUUGGUGUGCUGCCAAAAUAGGAAAUAAAGACAAGCAGAAAAUAACGUUUUCCAACAAGGAUUGGUAGAGUUUAUUAACUCACUAACCCCAUUUAUAUCAUUAUCUCAAAAGAAAACACAAAACCACACCAAACCGCUUUUCACUCUGCCUCUGUUUAGAACAGUUCACAUAUCUACAGUAUUGGUAGUAUUUUGAGUGGCACUAUAAGGAGGGAAGUGGGUAGAUUUAUUCUCUCUGGCUACAAAAAGCCUGAGAAAGCUGAAGUCUAACCAGAAUGGGAAAGAUUCUCCACGCUAAGGAGAAGGCCUAAAGCGACCCUUGGCAAUUGCAGGAAAUGGCUUAUUUAAGCAAUGUAUCUCCUCACCCCCACAAUUAUUAGUAUGGGGCAAGAAUACAUUUUAAGCUAAACCAAAAAAAGUAUGUACCUAUUUGAUAUAUACCCCACCCUUCAACAGACUGCCAGAACAGACUUCUUUGCAUGUUACACAUCUCAGGAGUAAAACAUUCUAUUCAAAUAGUAUCUAUUUUAUUUUACCUCUGCUAGUUCCGGAACACUGCCUUUCACAGGUAGCAUUUUGUGAGCCACAGCUGCUAAGUGACUGAAACAGAAACAGUGAUAUGAAACAAACUUUUUAAAAGCUGCAACCCUCAGUACGCAUCUAAAUUCAGUCGCAUUUGUUAGGGAUGUGCAGUGAACCCAAGAAUUGCAUUGUAUCUAGUUUUUUUAAGCAACCCAAUCUGUUUUGGAUCAGCUGUGUGUUGUUCUAAUUCAAUUCCAUUUUGGGGGCCCAAAUCUGAUCCGUUGGGUAUGAAACUCUAUUUUAUCCAUCUCCCCAUUCACUAUAAUGGGGAAAUCUAUAAACUGCUAUAACUUUAUUUACUCCUCACAUAUAACUGAAUGAUAUUUGCAAGCAAAUGACCCCUCAGAAUGGAUGAAACCUACCAAAUGGAUCAGGCAUCAUGGAAAUUAAUGGAUUUCCCUGCAGGGAACCUUUGAUGUUACUUUUUUUUAAAAAGUUUGAAACGUUUUCAUUCUCUGCCAGAAUUGGAUGCAAAUUUCAAACCUAUUUGUUCCUACUUGAGAGGGAUGAAGCCUGCCAAAUUUCCAAAAGAGAGAUAAAGCAGUUCUCCUGUAAAGGUGGAAGUAACCAUUUUGGAGUGGAAAAAUAAACAUCACAAUCCCUUCUUUCUUUCUUUUUGCGGAGGAAGCAAUUAGUUUGAAAACUGGGUACAUGAGGAAGGUGCCCCUGGGUAAGAAACUUGUCAGAGUUCAAACAAACAGAUCCAGGGGCUAUUCUGCCAGGUGAUCUGACUUUUGCAACCCACCCCAAUUUGCCUAACUCUAGCACUUGCAUGGUGCUCUCGUAGCCCAAACUCAGAAAAAACACGACCCAGGUAUUUAGUUCAACAUCCCUCCCUCAAAUCACAGUGGUUGGAGUCCACUGUGAAAAUAAUCAACUCUGUUUUAAAAGCUAGACCUGUCUAUUCGAGCUCUGGGCAUUUCCCCAGUCAGGUUGGUUUCUGUUUCUCUGAAAAUAAAAGGGGUUGUGGGUGGGGGAAAGGAUGAGCGUUUAAUUAAUGAAUGGGAAAAUGAAAGCAACAGAGUUGCUCGGAAGGUUGGGCACUCCCUGCUCCAUCACAAUAGGCCUUAUCAAGUGUGUGAUCCAACUUGAUGAUGUGAAAGGCUACUUCCGAUCACCCCUAUUUACCUUGCCAUUGAGCUUUGUUACCAAUGAAAUUUACUUAAGAGCAGCUUGAGUUCUAUAACACAAGGGUUACCAACAGAGAAACCACCACAGUUUGGAUCCUUCUGCCAAUAGAACAGUCAUUUUCUGAUCUAUUAAGAUGAGCAUUACGUGAGAAGCGACUCCUCCCAAACCGGAAGAGUUUCUUCUGUUUGACAAGGUUUUCCUCAAUACCUUUUUAUAGCCCACUGGAAUUUGAUAAUUUACUCACUAUGUUUCUCAUACUGUAAUACGGAGGGAGAAGGAAGAACCUGUGGCUUCCCAGAGGUUGCCUGACUCCUAAACUCACAUAAGUUCCAGGCAGCGUGGCUAAUGGCCAGAGAUGUUGGGAGUCCAGAAACAUCUGGAAGGCCACAGGUUCCUCAGCCCUGAUUUAACGCCAUCCCCAAGGCACUGCAAUCCUUCACUGGAAGAACUAUUGCCUUGCCACACUUGCACAGGAAUGCACUCAAAUAAUACCACAAAUACCUUUUUUAAAAAUUUUUAAAAUUAUACUUGUGGAUCUCUGAAUCCACAAGGAAUAAUCAGCAGGCUUGGAAAAAUCUUUGCCCUUGUUUUUAUAGGAGGGAAACCUUUGCUGAAGUAAAAACAAAAACAAACCCACAACUUUAGGGGGCACAAAACCGGGGUGGGAGCACCUCAACACAGCCAC